AUGGUGAAAAGAAAACAGGUUGACGAGUCAGGACCAAGCUUCAGCCUUGGCCUAUCGCAGUCAUCAGACUCGAAGGCUUCAUCUUCGCAUACUACCCGACAACAAAAGGGGAAAAUGCAAGCUGCAAAAGCAACUGAACAGAAGCAAAAACCUACCGAGGCUGAACAUAGGUUGAGACACAAUUUGAGCAUACCUAAAGUGUAUGAUAUUAUGCAAUCUGUCAAUGGAAAAAAAACAAAAAAGAAGAUAAUUGAGGUAUUGAACGAAUGCAAGUUUGGAGGAAUGCUGCACAUUUGCAAUUGGACAAGAAUCCACACAUUCUUUGUGGAUUGGAUCGUAAACAACUUUGACAAGGAUAACAUGUGCAUCAGAUUGACUACGACAAAAGUGCUUGAAUUAAAAGAGCAUGAUGUCCACCGCGUAUACGAGCUUCCAAUGGUUGGAAAAAAGAUAAACACCGGUGUUUGCUCGGAUGAGGCAAUAAAAAGGUUGAGGGCAGAAUUAGGAUUGAAUGAAGGCUUUUCUCAAUAUGUGAAGUUGGCAGAAUUGGAGAGAGUCUUGAAGACAACCGAGAAACCAACUGCUUGGAUUAACUACUUGGAUAAAAUGGGGAAGAGAAGCCCAUUUUUAACUGGAAAAUACAAGCACCCAUCACUUCGGGAUUGA